AUGGCGGCGGCAGAAGAAGUUUGUUCACAUUUACCAGAGGAAUUAUUGGAGUGCAUCUUCAAAUCCCUCAACAGCCACCGCCGCACUUUCAAGUCACUCUCAGUCGUCUCCAAACAAUUUCUCUCCAUCACUAACCGUCUCCGAUUCUCCGUCAGAAUCACCGACGAAACCAUCCCUCACCUUCCUCGCCUCUUCCACCGCUUCCCUAACCUCACCUCCCUCAUCCUCACUAUCCAAUGCAUAACCGUAAACGAAGUCGACGCUCUUCUAACCCUAAUCUCCACUUUCCCUUUAGACAUCAAAUCGCUCCGUCUGUGCCCCAAACUCACAAACUGGUACAUUCCCAUUCCUGCAAAUGGAUUGAUAGCUUUCUCCAAAACUAUGAAAAAUUUGGAAUCUCUCACUUUUUACGGAAUGAGUCAUUUCUACAAGAAGGAUCUAUUCUUGAUCGCUGAUUGUUUUCCUUUACUCCAAGAACUUAAUCUCAUUCAUCCCCGGUGUUCUAAUAAACACGAUUUUUUGGUAGAUGAUAAUGAUCCGUUAUUGGUACUUCCCAAUCUCCGCAGGAUUAACCUAUCUGGUAAUGUCAUCAGGGAACCAUUUGUUGACUUUCUCUUCCACAACUGCAAGCUUCUUCAAGAGAUCAAGAUCAUGGACCGGCGGUUGGAAUUUGGGAUAUAUGGGAAAUACGAUAGAUACUAG